AUGCUUAUUCGAACUGGUAUACCCAAUGAUUUAAGACCAAUCAUUUGGAAAUUACUCAUUCAACAACAAAUUGUUGAUAUUAAAAAAAAUAUGGCAAAUAUUACUUUCGUGAUUUAUGCAAUACACGUGGAUCACUUGAUGAAACAGAGAGACAAUCAUCAAAAACAGAUAACGCUUGAUUUAUUACGAACAUUACCUGAUAACAUCCAUUUCAUGUCACCAACAUGUAAAGGGAUUCAACAAUUAGAGCAAGUACUUCGUGCUUUCUGUUUGCAUAAUCCGAUAAUUGGUUAUUGUCAGGGAAUGAAUUUUAUUUCCGGUACAGCAAUGCUUUUUCUUGGUGUCGAAGAUACAUUCUGGUUUUUAGUUGCAGUUACGGAAAAAUAUUUUGAUAAAUCAUAUUUUGAUUAUGCAUUAACCGGUGCACAAGCUGAUCAGGAAGUGUUAAAGGAAUUGGUUGCAAGACGAUUACCACGAUUAGCUGCGCAUUUGGAUCAUUACGGUAUUGAUUUAGCUACAGUAACUCUAAAUUGGUUUUUGGCAUUGUUUCAUGAUGCUGUACCUUUUCAGACAAUGAUUCGAAUAUGGGAUUGUUUCCUUUUGGAUGGUACAAAAGUGCUCUUUCGAUUUGCGCUUGCAAUUUUAUCCAUUCAUGAAAAUGAGGUGCUUCAACGUUGUGAUACCAUAUCAGUUAUCAAAAUUCUCAAAGCAUCCGUUCGUUUAACAUAUGAUUACGAAGGAUUGUUUAAUUUAGCAUUCGACAAUAUGCAACCAUUUCCAUCACAUUCUGAAAUUGAAAAUAAACAAAAAUGGUAUUUAAAUAUAUUACGUGAACGAUUAAAUCGUAAACAACAAUUACGAAAAGUAUUCACAUCUUUAUCAUUGGAAAAAUCACGAUUUCCAACGAUUGAAGUUGUGACAUUUAGUAUGACACAUGAAGGUACAGGUUUCAUUUGUGCUGGUCAUCAAACAAAAGGUAUUAUUAUACGUUUCACUCUUACUAACAAUAUUUCAACUAUGAAUAAACUUGAUACUGAAUUUGAUUGUAAAAUUUUUUCAAUGGCAUUAAGAGAAGGUGAAAUUGGAUAUGUUUCAUUGUUAUCUGGUUAUAUUGUUGCAUUACAAAUUAAUGAUACAAAGAGCGAAAUAUUAUGGGAAUUGAAAAUAUCUGAUAUUGCACUUAAAUUAUUAUACAGCGAUAAAUUACUGUAUGCAGCACUUGCAAGUGGUGUUCUGACCGUUUUUGAGGUAUAUAUUUCGAUAAUUGCUUAA